GCGAUAUAGAAACCCUAGAAAUAAUCAGUCCUCGCUUACGUAAUAACGAACUUUUGUUCAAAACUCCCAACUUGCCAAAACCCAAAAAAAAAUUUGGAAGUAAAUUCAUCGAGCUUUGAUCUCGUCGACUUUUAUUUCUCUACGGUACUGAAGAGAAAGAGAUCCUGUUUGAGAAAGAUACAGAAUGGGGGUCAAACGCAAGCAUCAGUCUACAGAAUCAUCAAAGGUAGACGCUAAAAAGCGUGGUGUCAGCACGAGCAGCAAACCACCCAGCAACGAGAGCAAAACAUCUCAGAGCAGCGAUGACGAAGAGGAAUACCUCGACGCGAGCAAUCUUCACUGGAAGCCGGUGACGCUUCCGGACAGGGUUGGCGAUAUGGAGGGAUUGAUGGGGUUUGAGGAGAUUGACGGUGUCGCUAUUGAGUACGAAAAUACUGUUGGCGGGAAGGAGAAAAUCGUCAAGUUCAAGAAGGUGAAACCGCAGGCUGUGAAGAGUGCUGCGGAGGCAAGCACGACAGCGGAAGGAGAUGAGGAAAAGAUUGAGAAAGUACCGGAAUUGAGCAAGGAAGAGUUAGAGCGAAAACUUGCGCGGAAGAAAAUGCACAAAGAGCGAGAUCAACGCAAAAAGGAACGCAAGAAAGCAGCCGCCAAAGCAGCAUCCGCGGCGGCGGCGGAGACAAACACGUUCGAAGCUCUAGGCGAACUCGAGGACACCGAGAUGCCUGCUUGGCAAGAAGUAUAUCCGCUCUCAGAGUCCUUGCUGCAUGGCUUGAAAGAUCUCGGAUUUUCGGCGCCGACGGAGAUUCAGCGACAGGCACUCCCGCUGAUUCUAGAGGGUCAUGAUGUGGUUGGAAAAGCUGCGACUGGUUCCGGAAAAACGUUGGCUUUCGGUCUUGCGAUUCUCGAAAAGUACUUAUCGUCAAGCGCGGCUUCGACCGACAAGAAGGAAUUGACGUUUAAAACUGCGCCGGCGCCAGCGGCGUUGAUCCUGGCUCCCACGCGCGAGCUGGUUCAGCAGAUCAGUGAACACAUAACGAAGGCGUCAAAGUAUACCACGGCGAACAUCAUGAUGGUCACCGGUGGUCUUGCGAUCCAAAAGCAGAAGCGACAUUUGAGUUAUUUCCCGGAUGUCGUUGUCGCUACGCCCGGCCGAUUGCACGAGUUGAUGACUUCUGACUCUGAGGGAUUGAUCGGCUGGCUUGCUGGUGUUGAGACUCUUGUGCUCGAUGAAGCGGAUCGGUUGUUGCAGGACGGUCAUUUCAAGGAGCUGAACGAGAUUCUCGACAUGAUCGGCCAGAACAGAGGAAAAGACGGCGCCGAAGAGUCCGAGACGGAAAGUGAAGAGGAAGAAGACGACAAUCAGACCGAUAAGAAGUCGUCAAACCAGAAGAAGAAGCGCGCAAAGAAUUACAGACAAACACUAGUUUUCUCCGCUACUUUUGCAAAGGACCUGACGAGGAAGUUAUCCGGUCCCAAGAAAGCAUCAAACGGGAAGAAGAAGCGGACGAAAUUUGUCAGCAAUACGAUCGAAGGCGAGGAGAAUACUAUGGCGUAUUUGCUCGAUAAGCUGAAUUUCAGAGAAGGCACGCCUACGUAUGUCGAUGUUAAUCCUGACGAAGCUGUGAAGAGCGAGAUCAUCGAGGGUGUCAUGAUGUGCGAUGCUAUGCAGAAGGACGUCUUCCUCUACUUUUUCCUCCUCAAGUAUCCCGGCCGCACGAUCGUCUUUGUGAACUCGAUUGACGCUGUGAAACGCAUCGCCCGUUUCCUGCAAGAACUACAAGUUCCAGCCGUCGCCUUCCACUCCCACAUGAUUCAAAAACAACGUCUCCGCACGAUCGAACGGUUCAAAGAGAAUUCUCACGGAAUCCUGAUCUCGACCGACGUCGCUGCUCGAGGUCUCGAUAUCCCUCACGUCAAGCACGUGCUUCAUUACCAUCUCCCCCGAUCGGCUGAUAUGUACGUUCACAGAUCGGGCCGAACAGCUCGCGGAACUGACUCCGGUGUCGCUAUGAUUCUCUGCGCAACAAACGAGUUUGCGCAGCUGAAAAACAUGGCGGUGAAACUGGGCAAGAAAGUGAAGGAUUUCAAAACAUUCGAGGUCGAACCGUUCGUGGUCAAGCAGCUUGCCGAGCGCGUGCAUAUCGCGACCGACAUUACAAAGUUGGAAACACAGCUUGCUACUGGUGGUAACCAGCUCGGAAAAGGACACAAGAAUGGGAAGAACGGAGGGUCAGGGUCCGGAGCUGAUAUGUCGCUCUUGCGACAAGGCGCGGAAGAUCUUGGACUCGACAUGUCUGAGGCGGAGGAUAUUCUCGCCAGCAGCGACGACGACGACGAAGAUGAUUACAAAGGUCAUAAAGGCAAGAAGAACGGAGACGCAGAUUCACAAGCCGAAGGCACAAACAAGCAGCGCGAAAGACAGCGAGCUGAGCUCCAGAGUCUACGACAACAGCUCAAAGGUCUCGUCGCGACGCCGGUCAUGACAGGUCUCAUGCGCUCACGAAGCUACAUCACCAGUGGCGUGGUAAACAUUGCGCAGCAGAUGGUUGAUGGAUCUGCGCAUAAGACGUUCUUGGGGCAGACUAAUACUACGGCUUUGGAAGACGUUGCGAAAAGUAAGAGGCAGAGAAAGAAGCAUGUUAUCAAGGAAGUUUAGAUCUUUGCUAAGAUAGAAGUUAUAACCAUUAUAUAUUUGAGUUACAAUACAUGAUAAGAACUUUUCCACACCUCUUCCACCAAAAUAAGAGGCAACAACCUACCGAUUACGAGCAAAACAAAUGACAUGAAGAUAAAUGAAAAACACCGGUAAGCCAAAUGAUCAUCAAAACCCUAAAUUAUCAAACU